AACCCCUUGAGCGUUGUCGCGAGUGCCACUCCCUUUGAUGGCGUUAUCAUUUCUUCGUGUUUCGCACUUGCUUUCUCCAACUCCUACACCUGCAACUGCAACUGCAACUGCAACUACUACUACAUCCACUGUCGUGAAGUUCCAACACUUUCGUAGACCUUCUGACUUCACACUCUUCUUUCGCUCUUCAAUUUUAUGUCCAUUGGUUAGGGCCAUUGGGCCUGAUGGGAGGUUCUACCCAAGCCCAGGUGACGACGACCCACCGGAGGCUGCCGAGGACUCCUCCCAUGGCUUCUCCACCUUCCAACAAAUUCAGCAGCAAGCGGAACGCGCGCGCCAGAUCGAAGAGGAAGACUAAAAGAACAACCAGGCCACGUACCUCGCCGCCAUCGCCGACGUCGAAGACGCCCCCGAUAACGUCGACUUCGACACCUCUGGCGACGACCUCUUCGGGGAUAUCGACAAAGCCAUCGCGCUCAAGCGUAAGGAGUUCGUCUCCCAAGGCCUUCUCGAGCCGAAUCCCCCCAAACAGGACCAGCUGGCCGCUGCAGCCGCCGUGGAUGAACUUCAGGCGGAUGAGCUCGGCGAUUUGGAGGAAAUUGAACGGCUCCAGGGACUCACCGGUAAUGGUAAUGGUAACGGAAGCUUGAGUGAAUCUCCGUUUGAAUUGGAUUUUGACAGUUACGGGAAAAGCAAGGUUAGAAUUGUAGACGGAAAGUUCAAGAUGAGUUUGGCGGAGCUUUUAGAUGAGAGUAAGGUCGUCCUGG